UUUCUCUCAAAAUGCCACGUCACCCUUCUCUCUGUUUUCUCUAACAAAUCCAGAAUAGAGCAUGCAAAUACGCCUAACGCCAAAACCCCUAUUUCUUUUUUCUCGCUUUCUAGAACUUCAUAGUCAAGAUCAAGAAGCUGUUCUCCCCAAAGUCAGAACUCUUGCUGGAGGAGAUAAGAUUGGCAAGGAUUGAUCAGAAGUCGAAUAUUCUUGGGUCGUCAGUUAGAAUCACAAAAGCUUCAUCAAUGAAGAAUAUAUCUAAGGUAGUCGGGCCAUUGAAGGAAAAAAUGGUUCCCACUUUUGAGUCGCAAUCAAAAGUGAUGGAGAGUCCGCCAUCCAAUCGUGAUUUUGAAUUGCAGAGUGAGAGUGCUGAUAGUGCUUUCAGCCUCAAAUCUGAUGGUAAUGAGUCUGAUCUUACAUCAGUGUCAAUCAUAACUCCACUAGCUCAAAACUCUUGUGCAACCAGUAUUGUUAAUGGUAUAGUAGCCGACUCAGUUACCAGGUCCGGCAAGGUACAUUUUCUUUUUAAGGUGACAGCAGAGUGGUGGAUAUUUUUGCCUAGUAGUUUGACAGCUUUGGCACUUGGUGAUAUAUUGAGAGUGGGAGCUGACAGUAGCAUGCUAGGCAGUGGUGACUGUGAAAUUGACCUUGUUGAUUUGCUUAAUUAUUUAAAAGAGUUGAGACCUUUGGAUCUCGCUUUCUUAAGUUGUAUUAGGAUGGUUUCUCAAAUGUAUGCUCCAGUUAUGAAAAUAAAUUUUAGAAACUAUUCUUCUGUGAGUAAUGCGACAGUCACCACGUCCUCCAGUUGUAUGGACUUGAAUGCAUCUUACUUGGUUUUUGAAAAGCUAAAGGAGAAAAUGGUGCAACUGGUUGUAGAUGUCGCCAAAGGAAGUGUUGAAACACCAGCAAAAAGGGCAGUAAAUAGUGGCUUGAACAGUGCUAUGAGCACUGAUGUUUGCGACAUUUGCGGUGCUGAGAGUACAAAGAAUCUCACUCCUGUAGGUGCAGUUAAGGUGUGGAGUUCACUUAUCUGGUUGUUGAAAUUAGCCUGCCAAUACUUUGAGAGACUUUGUCCUUCAUUUGGCACGAUGGUGUGGAAAAGUAGUGAUGCACACUUUAGCCAAUUUUGUGUUGUUGACCAACACCUGAAGCAAUUGCUUUCAGGAGCAGAGUUGCUGACUUUUACCACUAAACCUCUUCUUCCAGUGUUAGGAAGGAAUCUUAUUGUUGGGGACUUCUUUGAAAUUCCAUUCGAUCCAGGUGUAGUUAUUUCUUCGUUUUCACAUAUCACCCUUGAGGACAAGGGUGACUUGACGGGGAGAUUGUUUGCAGAAUCUCAUUCGAUUCAUGUGCAUGAACAAAUAUUAUAUUCAUGUUUGUCGGCUGGUUUUUCAAAGGAUGGUUCGUGCAAGGGCUUACAAUACUAUGUAGUUAUGAGAAGAGAAUUUUUUGUUACAGCACUUUGGGGCUGGACCGAUAUAUUCUUGAUUGAUGGUGUUAAUGCUCUUGCAUUGAUUCUCGAUCCAUUUGGCUCACCGGGAUUCUCUGCCGUGAUUAUCAUUGUUCGAAACAAAAAUUAUCCAAGCACGGUUAGGGACCUUGUUAUGAGACCACAUGUUUUCAUUAUAGAUGAACCCUUUUAUCGACUUGACAGUGUUUCUACACUUCUGCUGAUGGGUACAUCACGUAUUGUGGCUUUCAUAUUCAUGUUUUAUCUCCUCGGCAGGGCUGGUUGUUCAGAAGAAGCUCUUGAGCUCAUUAAGGUUAUGUCAGUUUGCUUGACUACUUUUGAGGUAUCAUGUGCUGUUGGAGAAGACUAUCACAGAGAGGUAGUAGCUGAAUCUAUUGCCUUUAGGUUGGAUGAGGAAAGUGUUUUCACAUUUGAUCCUGGAAGAGGCUAUUGGCUUUCGAGUGGGAAUGCUUUUGUUAGCCAAUCUUUAAUGCAGAAUACAAGAUAUGGGAGCCAUAAAUUUGCUUAUGGUAGUAACUUAAUAGUUGGAGAUGUUGCUACAGUAGCUAUGCAAUCAUGUGCUUAUUGGAAUAUUUUCAACAACGAAGGAACUACUACGGAAGUGCCAUCUGUUCAUUCCUUAGAGGUUGUGUUCGAAAGACCUUUGUGGAAUUCUUUUGUGAAGAAAUUGGAGGCCUUUAGCGUAGCACUUGGAGCAAUCCAAUGCAUUUGGACGCUACCAGGACCGACAUCUUGCCAAGAACUUUCAUCUACAGGUGUAAUUUUCAUUCUUAUAGUUUCUGGCACUUGCACAUCAGGUGCUUCUUGGUGUGUUUACAAGGGGACAAGAUCUACUAGUGAAGUGAUUCCAGCUCACUUCUUCAAUACGGAGUUCUCAAGAGUUUUGUGGAGUUCUUGUGGAAAAUCAUUGGUGACCAAUAAAUCUGCAAUUUUAGAGGGUGCGAUAAAGAUAUUUUCUGCAAGAAGUAUUGAUGAGAUUGUUUACUCAUUGUGUUCUUUGCUAGCCUUAGUUUGCAACUACCGUAUGGACGCGAGUAAAAACUCCAAGGAUGUGGGGGAAAUAAAUUGCAAAGUGGCGAGUCAAGAGCUUGAUGUGUGUGGAGUAAUAUGCUUCAGUUUGCAGUUCUUCAUUCAACAAUAUGAAAGCAUUUUAAAAGACACAAUGAUGGGCGCCACUCUAUCACUGUCUUCUUCAGUUUUAGUUCAGCAGAUUCAAACAAAGAAAUGUGAGCUUCCAGCCAAAUUUAACUUAUUUUCAUCAGGGAUGCUUUUACUACACAACAGUGUUAAGGUACCACUUGAAGUCAUACUACCUGUAGUUGAGAAGCAGUACAUAGUUAAAGAAAGUAGUGAGUCAAUGCUUGCUAAAGGAACAGUUAAGGCUGUAAGUGAAUUGGGGUUGUCUCUUGUGGGGCUGCUGCUACAUACAAGGGUUUAUUUUUGAUCCUGGAGCAUUUGAAGGCCCAAGACAAGAAUUGUUUUCGUAUGAUGUCUAUUCCUAAAUUUUGUUUGAUCCUGGUGGAAGAGUGAUCCUCAUUUUAUAUUUAACACCCUUGAGGACAAGGGUGGUUUGAUGGAAAGGGAUCUGAUACGAGCUGGAUUUGGUCAUGCUAGAAAGGAAAUUGUUGUGUUUAUGGGGAGCUGUACGUUCAGCUGUAAAGGGUGCAUCUGCGCAAUUGGAGUAAUAACAAAUGGAAAUUAUAUCAGAGUUGUGGAGCUAACACUUUGGUCCCUAUACUUUUAGAGAUGAACACUGUGUUACUGCUGAAGAAAUGGAAUACUGCCCUUGGCAAUGCUCAAGCAGAAGAAAAUAGGUACAGGAAAGCGCUGCGGAAUCAGGCCCGGAUAAGGCAAGAGCUGCUUGGUUUUCCUUGCUACUUAGUGACAUCUCAGGAGGAGAUGUACUAUUUGGCAAGGCUAGCAGCUGAGGAAGAAAAACUCACUAGAAGAAUUGUUGUUCCUUCUUUUCUCUGUCAGAAAGAGCAGGCUGCUAUUAUGAGCAUAGCAGAUGGCUAUGGGUUUGCGGUUGCUGGUGAGUGGGCUAUGGUUAGGUGGCUGCGGAAGGCAUACAAAUGGUUCAGAGUGUACUUUGAGUAGGUUACUUGGUGUAAUUGUUUCCUCAAUCCAUCUUCCGUGGCUUCUUUGCCAGUUCUUGCUCUGGUUGUUCUAGCUUCAUCACCUUGGAGUUUUGGGUCUGGAUAGAUAAUUGACUGGUAGUGGAAAAGACUUGUUCAGUUUCUUGAUGUUAAUAAUUGAUUGCCUAGGAGGAAACUAACUGUAAGAAAUAUGAUUUUCCUUCUUAGACAACAUCUAUGAGUCUUGCUUAAACUCCAUAUUAGUCUUGAUGGCUGUAGACAUAUCAAGAAUAGUACUUGUGGUGAGUAAAGAUUGUUGUUGCUGCUGAUUGUACUCA